CGCACGCUCAACAAACCACUCACUCUCUCGCACACACUGGUCUCUGCAGUCUGUGUCCACACACUCUCCUGGUCAGUGUCCUGCGGCGUGGAUGUCCACCAGCGGCUGCUUUUAACAGGGAAUUUCUGUGUCCGGCAGCGCUUUGUGCUCAGGCGGAGAGAGGAUAAAAGAUGUCAGAGUCCCGGGUGACGAUGGAGCCCAGUUUGAACGGAGCCUCAAAGCACCAGUCUGCAGGUACGGGCCUACAGCGGCACGGCGCCACCGUCAGCUUCCACAAUAUCCACUACAAGGUGACCCAGGGAGGAAACAGUCUUUGCCGGAAGAAGGCCACGACCAAAGACAUCCUCGUUGACCUCAAUGGGAUCAUGAAGCCGGGGCUGAACGCCAUCAUGGGAGCGACGGGAAGCGGCAAGUCAUCGUUCCUCGACGUCUUGGCAGCCAGGAAGGACCCCGUGGGCCUGUCCGGAGAAGUCCUGAUCGACGGAGCGCCUCAGCCUCCAAACUUCAAGUGUCUGUCUGGAUACGUGGUGCAGGACGACGUGGUGAUGGGAACUCUGACGGUCAGAGAAAACUUCAGCUUCUCGGCGGCGCUGCGCCUCCCGUCGACCAUCUCCCAGGAGGAGAAAGCGCAGAAAGUCAACACACUGAUCCAGGAGCUGGGACUGAGCCGAGUGGCCGACUCCAGGGUGGGCACCCAGCUGAUUCGUGGGAUCUCCGGCGGCGAGAGGAAGAGGACGAACAUCGGCAUGGAGCUGAUCAUCGACCCGCCCGUCCUCUUCCUGGACGAACCCACCACGGGCCUCGACGCCAGCACCGCUAACUCCGUCCUGCUGCUGCUAAAGAGGAUGGCGAACCACGGUCACACCAUCAUCCUGUCCAUCCACCAGCCGCGGUACGCCAUCUACCGCCUGUUCGACAGCCUCACGCUGCUGGUCAACGGCAAACAGGUUUACCACGGGCUGGCGCAGAGCGCGUUGGACUACUUCUCAGACAUCGGGUACACCUGUGAGCCCCACAACAACCCUGCCGACUUCUUCCUGGACGUCAUCAACGGAGACUCGACCGCAGUCGUCCUCAGCAACGAGGAAAGACAAGAUCCAGAUUCAGACUCGGUGUUGGUGUCCAGACGGGGGAUCGAGGACAAACUGGUGGAGGAGUACAGGAACUGUCACCACUAUAAACAGACCAAAGCGGAGCUGGAGAGGAUAAUUCAGGGUAAGCAGACGACUGCCGCCGCUCCCCUCAGAACCAUCACCUACAACACCGGCUUCCUGACCCAGUUCACGUGGGUUCUCAGGAGAACGAUUCGCAACCUCCUCCUCAACCCUCAGACCUCCGUCGCUCAGGUAGCGGUGACUCUGUUCCUCGCUCUGGUUGUAGGAGCUAUUUUCUUUGACGUCCAGGAGAAUCAGAGUGGAAUGCAGAACAGAUUCGGGGCUCUCUUCUUCAUCACGGUGAAUCAGUGUUUCAGCUCUCUGUCGUCUGCUGAGCUCUUCAUCUCCGAGAGAAAACUCUUCACUCACGAGUAUAUCAGUGGUUACUACAGGCUGUCUGUGUACUUCCUGGCUAAGAUCCUAUCUGACAUUAUCACACUGAGGACCAUCCCCGCCGUCGUCUUCAGCUGCGUGGCGUACUUCAUGAUUGGUCUGAAGCCCACAGCCGAAGCCUUCUUCCUCUUCACGUUCACGGUCAUGCUGGUGUCGUAUACGGCCACCUCCAUGGCUCUGGCCAUCUCCGCCGACCAGACGGUGGUGGCCAUCGCCAACAUCUUCAUGACCAUCUCCUUCGUCUUCAUGAUGAUCUUCGCAGGUUUGUUGGUGAACCUUCCCUCCAUCGUCAGCUGGCUCGCUUGGUUAAAGUACCUCAGUAUACCAAGAUAUGGCCUCAGUGCUUUGCAGGUGAACGAGUUUUCUGGUCUGAACUUCUGCCAGGGGUUAAACGCCAGCGUCAUUCCACCUGGACUGGCUUGCACAGGGGAGGAGUUUCUGGCGGAGCAGGGCGUGGACUACUCCACCUGGGGCUUUUGGCAGAACCACGUGGCCCUGGGCGUCAUGAUCAUCUGCUUCCUGACCAUCACUUACCUCAAACUGCGCUUCAUCAGGAAGUUCACCUAGACCUUCAUCGUCGUCGCCGUCGACACGAGACACACACCGUGGGUGUGGUUUAAAUCUAUGUGCACCCGCAAGUACUGUAAUUGGGUGUAAUUGUGUAUCUAUUUUAUUUUAUUGUUUUCAAAUAUGAUUACAUUUUUUAUCCCAACUUGGUGAGUUUGUUCAUUUUCUUUUCCGGCUGAUCCAUGUGACAUAAUAAGAAGCAGUGACCUUCCAUUUGUUUGUAAAAUGACUUUUCUUCUUUAUGGAGAUGUUAUUAACAUAUAACUGAUUCACUCCUUACUAACCCUGUAGUGCUGUAUUGUGUUAACUUCAGGAUACAACUCCUGAUUUUCAAAGAAGUUUUUGGUUUUUUUUCCCUCCACACAAAUCCAGGAAGUUUAUAUUGAGGAAUUUUUAUGAUGGGAAAAAUAGACUGACGAGCCCGGCAGUCAAAACCGCUAAAUGCGGCUCUAAAUCCUAAUACGAUUUGAGCCUGAAAGUUUGUUCUUGACUCUGGAAAUAGUAGUUUUUACAAAACGAUUUAAAUUCAAGGUCCACUUCGGAGCUUUCAGCCACAUCCCACGGUCUUCAUCAGCGGAGGGAGUUUGCCUUCCGCCAGUUAUCGUGAGACCGAAGCCCCAAGCUUCGCCCGCCGAUGAAGACCAU